CGAGACACUGUCAAGUCAGUCAGUGAGUGUCCAGAAUUUGUCCAGUACUGUACAAUGUUAGUGCGCGUAGUAUUUCAUUAGUGUUAGGACCAGACGUAAUGUGUUUUUGUUGUGUUACGUCUUCGUUGCUGUAAAAACCUACGUUGCCAACCACACGUUGCAAAGCCUGCAGCCAACAUGUGCCUGCUGCCAUGGCUGAUGCUCUGCGCCUGCGCCGUCGCAGUGACGUCACAACCACACAAUGUGACACGCCGAGAAUCUGGCUCAGGACACAGCAAGCGAGUAGUGUGCUACUACACUAAUUGGUCAGUGUACCGCCCCGGAACUGCGAAGUUUUCUCCGCAGAACAUCAAUCCUUAUCUCUGCACGCAUCUAAUCUACGCGUUUGGCGGUCUCACGCGAGAAAACAGUCUUCGGCCCUACGACAAGUAUCAGGACAUCGAGCAAGGCGGUUACGCCAAGUUCACGGGUCUCAAGACGUACAACAAGCAGCUGAAGACGAUGCUUGCUAUCGGGGGUUGGAACGAGGGUUCAACCCGCUUCUCACCGCUCGUGGCGGAUGAAGAGAGGCGAUCAGAGUUGGUGCACAACGUGGUUCGGUUCCUGCGACAGAACCACUUCGACGGACUGGACCUUGACUGGGAGUAUCCGGCCUUCAGAGACGGCGGCAAACCUCGGGACAGGCAGAACUACGCGCUUCUCGUGCAGGAACUCCGUGCAGAAUUCGACCGCGAAUCCGAGAAAACAGGGAGACCCCGGCUUCUUCUCACCAUGGCUGUGCCGGCCGGCAUCGAGUACAUCGACAAAGGAUAUGAUAUUCAGAAACUGAACAGGCACUUAGACUUCAUGAACAUCCUAAGCUACGACUACCACUCUGCGUUCGAACCGGCGGUAAACCACCAUUCGCCUCUCUAUCCCCUGGAGGAGGACUCCGAAUACAACUUCGACGCUCAACUUAGCAUUGACUAUACGAUAAACCACUACCUGAAGCUGGGAGCGGACCGAGACAAGCUGGUACUCGGAAUACCGACGUACGGGCGAUCGUACACGCUCUUCAAUCCGCUGGCCACUGAGAUCGGAUCUCCCGCUGACGGCCCAGGCGAGCAGGGCGACGCAACGAGGGAGAAGGGGUACCUCGCGUACUACGAGAUCUGCGAGAGCUUGCAGUCAGACGAGUGGAAGGUCGAACGUCCUAACCCCAACGCCAUGGGACCUUACGCUUACAAGGGCAACCAGUGGGUCGGUUAUGACGACAUCGAUAUCGUGAAGCUCAAAUCGCAGUACGUGAGCGACAACGGGUUGGGUGGCAUCAUGUUCUGGGCCAUCGACAACGAUGACUUCCGUGGUAAAUGUCACGGACGUCCGUAUCCGUUGAUCGAGGCGGGAAAAGAAGCGAUGUUGGCCAGCGCGAGAACAUCCAACGAUGUCGUGUCUGUGACGCCGUCUCGAGGAAGCAGCAAGACUAGUCCGAAACGUCCGUCAAGCAGCAGUAGCAGUUCCGGGAGUGGUAGCGGACGGCAGGGUCCUCAGAGUGGACUCCGCACAAACAAGAAACGUCCCUCCUCCAGCAGGCGCCAGAACAAACCAGUUCGGAGCAGUACUACUACUACUACUACCACUACACCGGCACAAAACUACCCCGGGACCACUCCAGAGCCUCCCACUACACCUGACCCAGGAAGCGACUUCAAGUGUAAGGACGAGGGAUUCUUUCCACACCCACGCGACUGCAAGAAGUACUUCUGGUGUUUGGACAGCGGCCCGUCCAAUCUGGGCAUUGUGGCUCACCAGUUCACUUGCCCCUCAGGCCUUUUCUUCAACAAAGGAGCCGAUUCCUGCGACUAUGCCCGUAACGUUGUUUGCAAGAAGAAAUCUGGCGAAACAAGUUCCUCCACUACUAAGGCCCCCCCGAUCACCGCUGCCACGAGCCGUACAACUCGCAUCAGCUCGUCCACCGUCACCGCACGAACGACCUCAACAACCACACCCCGACCCGUGGUCGACGACGACGAGGAGGAGUACGGAGAGGAUGAUUAUGAGGACGAGGAGGACGAAGGAGAGGAGACGAACCCACAGGAUAUAAAAGAACUACUCAAUAUAAUCAAGAAUAUAGGUACGGUCCUAGUACAGUAA